ACGCCGUUGGACCACCGUUCUCUAUUCCCCCAUUCUCUUUGUUUUCCUUCUCCCUCGUUCCAAUCUUUUCUACUCUGAAGUCGAAAUUUUGCGGUUUUGUAUUCUUUCGGAUUCCGACAUGGGACUAGAGGCGAAGAUCACUCCGUCGAUGCUGUCGUCGGAGGCUGGGCGCAUGCUCAACUGCGGCGCCGAUUGGCUUCACAGGGACAUUAUGGUAAUCAUUUCUCUGGUUGAUCUUAAUCUCAGUUCUGUUUUUGAAUAGAAAAGGAAACCAGAAUGGAUUUCAAUAUACAGUUGCCAUAGUUUAAUUUGCCUAAGCUUUGAAAUUUUGAGUCUUUAUUGAAACAGAGUUUAACCUCUUUAUGAUACUGCUUUUCUGAAUCUGACAUUCUUUUUUUCCCCCUUAGUUUCUCUUUUGCGCAGGAUGGGUAGGUUUGAUGCGGCUUUGAGUGAACUUCAUGCAGAACUGUGCUUUAAGCUUGUUUCUUCUAGAUGGUUAUUAGUGAUACUUUCUCUGUAACCUCUAUUUAAGUACCUUAAGAUGUUUAUUUGUUAAUUACGUUCUACAGGCAUUUUGUCCCAAAUUUAUCAUUGGUGCUUCAGUUAUUGAGGGUUUAAGAAAGCAUUUAAAGAAACUUCUGUUUUGCAUUACCAUCUUUUUUAUUUUUGAGAAGCUCACAGUUCUAACUAGGCCUCAUAUCCUCCCUUAUCUACCACAGGGCAUAUCUCGCUUGUCACGUUAUAGUGACAAAUCCAAUUGCUUAUGUUGGGCCUUUGGGUAAAGCUGGUGCUUCAGGUUUCACCUUUCAUGUUGACGUCUCCGAAGAGAACUGGUAAGAGCUCAUCCAAAGAAUCUAGUCAAAGGGCAUGAGGCCUGAUCCUGGUGUGGCAUUAAAGGCUGGAACACCAGUUGAAGAAGUUAACCCCCUGUUGACAGUGAAAAUCCUGUGGAAAUGGUUCUUGUCAUGACUGUAGAGCCUGGAUUUGGUGGACAAAAGUUCAUGCUGGACAUGAUUGAAAAGAUGGUGGUUUAGGGCCUUCAACCAUUGAUAUAGCUGCUUCAGCAGGAGGAAUCUGCAUUAUUGCACGGUCCUCAGUGUUUGGAGUCCCUCAGCCAGCUGAAGUUAUUUCUUUUUAGCGAAAGAUUGUUGUUGAAGCCCAGAAAAACUGCUGAUCUUGUUACAGGGAAGCUACAUUACCAUUGGAUGUCUAUCCUUAAAUACAUGACGAUAGAUUUUGUCUGUCAUUUGUUGAGGUUACAAAGUUAAAUAAAAUGAUAAAUUUGUA